AUGGAGCCAAGUGAGUGCCAGUAUCCGGGGGAAGGCGUGCGCUGGAUCCACCAGCUGCGCAAGGAGGAACUGGUAGCGAUCGCCCAUGAGUUCGGGCUAGACAAGGAAGGGCGCGUGGGGGAGCUGCGUAAGCGGCUAUCCACGUUCGCUCAGGAUGGCGGUCAUACAUCCGAGAUUUCGGCUCGGCUUGCCGAGUUAGAGUCUCAGUAUGCCAAAACGUUGGAGCCGCCAUCCUGGGGAGUCUCACCCGACGUAGGCGAACGGCCACUCCAGGAAUCGGAGCCCGAUCUGCGGAGCUCACAACUGGCAAAACUAUUACAUGAUGCUUGGAACCUCGCAUACGCUGGUGAUUUAGGUUUUGCUACUGCCUUCAACAUGACAUUAUUUAUGAAAUUCGAGCGAAAUCAUAUCAUAUGGAAUCCGGUCUUCACAUUCAUUGAUCAAAUUGGUCGGCGUAUUGAUAUGUCAGAGGUUCAUAAAAAAUUUGAGGAAUAUGUUUUAACACUUCUAACGCCUUUAUAUGAAGAAUUAGGAGCUGAAAUUGAAACAGAAGAUAACUGGAAAAAAGACUUACGCUCAUUAACUAAAAGAUUUUUGUGUCGUUCAGGUUUUCCUCCAUGUAUUAAAGAAGCUAAGAAUGCAUUAAAAGUCUGGCAAAACACGGACAACCCAAAUUUACAAAAUCCGGUAGCAAAUCUUUAUAUUUGCCCUGCUUUUAGGUGGGGUUCCAUUGAUGAGUGGCAAUUUGGACUUGAACGAGUGAUCCAGUUUCCAAAAACACGAAUACAGAGUGAAAGAACUUAUUUAUUAAAGACGCUAGCUGGUUGUUCAACCCAGCCCGAAAAGAUCUACCGACUGCUAGAAUUGUCGAUUUUUGAAGAACAUUCUAAUUUCACCGAAAAUGAUCAAUUCUUAAUUUUUUCCUCACUUACCGGAAGUUCCAGUGGCUAUUACACAUUAUUUAAUUUCUUAUCUGAUUAUUGGACGCCGAUCCGGCAGAAGUACGGUAGAUUAUAUAAUACAUUAAUGUGGUUCCACUAUAUUCACACGUUAAUGCGCUGA